GAGCCGCGCACCGGCACUGAGCAGGGGGCGGCUCCCUCCGUCCUGCGGCGCAUCCUCGCAGGCGCCAGCGCGGUCGUGGGCAGCCCCCAGGGCGGCCGGGUCCCGGCGUCUUCGCCGCCGCCGUCGCAGAACAAGCGCCGGCGGGUGGGCGGCGGUUGGUACGAGGCAUUGGUGGCCUGCAGCCCGGGCGGCGCCGCGGAACGGAGUCCGCAGGGUGACGGGCAUGCCCAGGAGGCGCCGUCCGAGGACGCGGGCGUGGGCGCGGGUGCCACCCCCCGCGGCAGCAGUCCAGCAGAGGCUUCGGGCGAGGCUGAGGCUGAGGCCGAGCUGGGCGAAGGUGAUGAUGAUGCUGAGGAGGACCAGGAGGAGAAGGAGGCCCCGGUGCAGGCUGCGACAAGCGCAGGUAUGGCCGAUGCGGAGCCGAACCUCGUGGGGGAGGCUGCGGCCGAGGCGGAGGCCGAAGCGAAGGCCGAGGCGAAGGCCGAGGCGAAGCCCGAGGCGAAGCCCGAGGAGGCCGAGGCGGACGAGGUGCCCGAGGCGGAGGCCGACGCCAAGGAGGAGGCGCGCGCUGCAGCGGAGGCGGGGGAGGAGGCCGAUCAUGAGGAUGGCAGCGAUGACGAGGCCGAGGCCGAGGCGUGCGAGGAGGGCGAGGAGAAGGACGAUGCCAUGGAGGAGGGCGAGGACGAGGCCGAGGGGCAGGACGUCGGCAAGGCGGGGGCCGGCGCCGGGGAGCAGGCCGGCGAGGCGGAGGCGCGGGCAGAGGACGUGGCCAUGGAGGAGGCAGAGGGGGCCGAGGCGGCUGCAGCGGCCGCGGAGGCCGAGGUGGCGGCCACGGAGAGGGCUGCCGAGGCGGAGGUGCCCGAGGAGGCCCAGGAGGCGGCGGCGGGGCGGCCCGCAGCCGCGCGUAGCUGCCGGGCGGCCGGCGGGGCGCGCGGCGAGGCGCGCGGC